AUGAAAACCACCCUCGUUGCUCUCCUUGCUCUCGCAGUCGGCUCCUACGCCUCAACCUGGUCGAUGCUCAAUCAGGCUGAACUCUGGUGUUGCCCCCAAACCUCCACCUCCGACCAACCCGUCACGUUGAUGGAACGACUCAACGGUGAGGGUCACUUCCAAUGCAAGUACAACAACAUGCCAGACAUGCCUUGCAAAUACCACCCCAUAACCGGCUCCUGCCUGACCAAAAACACCUCCCAAGACGGCCGCAACUGUCCCAAACGAGCCUGGCUCAACCCCUCCCUCCCAAUGGGCGGCUGUCCCGGCGGCAACCCCUCGGAUUCGAAGAACCAAUGCAAACCCAUCGGCGCCGAAUGCGAUUUGGGUGCCCCACAGGAGUGCUGCACCGGCGCAUGCGCGGUGUAUACGGGUCCUGUGUACACUCCUGUGCAUAGUUCCCCUGGUGGACCUGUUAGUUUCACUAGUACCUCGGCUUCGAAGAACCCGGUUUGUAUGACGCCCGAGUUUGCGGAGGCGGAGCAAGCUGGUUUGGUGCCAGUUAUGGUUGUUCCUGAGGCGGCAAGGGUGACUGCUACGUAA